AUGUCCGCUUCAUCUACUUUAUUAGGUCGUCUACAGCGCGAUGAAGUAACAGCGGUGGAAGUUCUAGAGGCCUAUGUGUGGAAAGCACUGAAAGUGCAAGAAAGACUUAAUUGUUGUAUGGAAGUCAUUAAGGAGGCUUUCGAUACUGCUGCCGAGGCUGAUAAAAAGUGGUCAAGGGUUAAAGACAAACCACCAAUCUACGGUAUUCCCCUUAGCGUGAGGGGCAACUUCUAUGUAUAUAACCUUUCUUGUUGA